GUCAGAGAAUGGCAGCUCAGCAGUCAAACCGGCCACCGCGAGUCCAAUUCCCACCGCUCCAAUGUUCUAACUACGUUCAUUGUCUAGGAAAUGGGUUUUUUCGCAGCAAUACUUGUGACUCUUCAAUUCCCGUACUACUGCUGGGUAUGGAAAAAACCACAGUCAUGGGUAAAUCUGUGUGGGAAAGGGCGUGACCCAUGUAAAGUUAUGGCCUUUGUCAGCCAUUUCAUCAAAAUGCUGCAGUUCAUUGCUCUCUAUUCAGUUUCCUCCUUCACCUGGCCUCCCCCUCUUUACUUUUGGCCCCUUUUUGGUUUUGGCCAGUUUCUCAACUUCAGGGUAUACCAAUUGCUUGGUGAAUCGGGUACUUACUAUGGCGUACGCUUUGGAAAGGACAUCCCUUGGGUGACUGGAUUUCCAUUUGGAUUUAUAAGGGAUCCUCAAUACAUAGGAAGCAUUUUGAGCCUUCUUGCAUGUGUAUCUUGGGUUCCCUUUCAAUACAUUCUUUUAUGGACUCUUGGAUACAUUUUGAUGAUCCAUGUAGAAUCAAAAGAGGAUCCGGAUACUCGUGCAAAGCUACUUGCUUGAUUGCAAUAGUUGCAGUUCGCUAAUCAAUCAUCUUGAAGAAGUUAAUAGGCAGAUAAUUUAAAGGUUGAUUUACUGACUUUUAUCUAGUUAAAUAACACCUUUGGACAUUUUUCUGUUGUAUUCCAAUUUAUAUGAUUAUUUGCAAUGCUAGUAGCUCAUUGUUCUCAUUGAAAUUCA